CAAUUCCCCCGGGCCCGCCCCCCGCGCUCCCUCGGCCACUUUCGCUUUCGCGUCUCCCGAACUGCGCCCAGCGGGGCCAGCGGAGCAGCGCGAUGGCUCCAGCGCUGGGGCUGGGGGCGCUCCUGGCGCUCCUGGGGGUCUUGGCGGUCUCGGGGGGGCAGCCGAAGGUUCUCCACUCCCUGCAUUUCCUGAGCGUGGCCAUGUCAGAACCUGGCCUGGUGGUCCCCCAGUAUGUGGCUGUGGGGUACCUGGACGGGACCCCCUUCCAGCGCUACGACAGCGAGCGGGGCCGGGCGGAGCCGCAGACGCCGUGGAUGGCGGCCGGAGCCGAGCCGGGAUAUUGGGAUGGACAGACCCAGAUCCACAGGGGGAACCAGCACGUGGCCAUCACCAACGUGGAGACGCUGCGGGAUCGGUACAACCAGAGCGGGGGUCUCCACAUGCUGCAGCGGGUUUGUGGCUGUGACCUCCUGUCCAACGGGAGCAUCCACAGAACCCUUCGGUACGGCUACGACGGGCGGGAUUUCAUCUCCUUCAGCCUGGGAUCCGGGAGCUUCAUGGCGGCCGACAGAGCUGCCCAGAUCACUCAGAGGCGCUGGAAAUCCGAAGGGUACGAGGCUCUUCAGCACGAGCUGGCACAGAGCUGUGUGGAAGAGCUCCAGAAAUACAUCAGAUGUGGGCAGGAGGCGCUGGAGCGCAAAGAUCCCCCCGAUGUCCACGUGUCCGGGAAAGAGGAACACGGGAUCCUGACGUUGUCCUGCCACGCGUACGGAUUCUACCCCGGGAUGAUCGGGAUCAACUGGCUGAAGGGGGAUGAACUGCGGGAUCAGGAGACGGAGUGGGGCAGGAUCGUUCCCAACAGCGACGGCACCUUCCACAGCUGGGCCAGGAUCGAGGCGCUGCCGGGGGAGCGGGAGCAGUACCGGUGCCGGGUGGAGCACACCGGAAUGCCGGAGCCCGGGAUCUUCGCCUGGGAGCCGGAAUCCGUCUGGAAUUCCACCCCAGUGCUGGUCACUGUGUCUGUCGGCACUGCCAUCAUCAUCAUCAUCAUCAUCAUCGGCCUCAUCGGAUUCAGUGUCUGGAAGCUCCGAUCCGGGAAGAGGGACGGGAAUGGAUACAACAUGGCCACCAGAACAGACACAGGAACCAACAGGUUCCCCACAGGAUUCACCACCUGAUCGAUCCACGGUUCUGAUUUCAGAGGUGCCAAAAUUCAGAGCCAUUCCUGUUGUCACUCUGGUUCUCCAGCAACGUUUCUCUUCCAUCCCCUCCAAGGGAUCCCUCAGGAAA